AUGGCUCCUCUUGCCCAAAUCAUCUCUGUCAUUCUCUUUUUGGGAAGUAGCAUGGCAUCCCCUACUGGGAACAGCUGCGAGCAAGUCACCCCUUACGUGCUCACCUACAAAGACAUUGGCUCGAGUGCUUUUCCUAUCUUGAACCCUGUGUUCCCGCCUACCCCUUACAAACAGCUGAAGUACUCGGGCCUCGGAGUCAAGUCCGUUGGUGGGGCGCUCGACCCCAACCUCCGCGAGAACGAGUUUCUGGUGUACGGCACCAUCACCACAGCCUCGACACUGGAAAACCCGUUGAUCACCAAAGACUACGGUGGAUCAAAGGUAGCGAGCUUUGAGCUGGAGACGUUCGACUUCCAGUGUGUUCGCACUGGCCUCGAGAAUAUGAAGAGGGCUUGCAAGCUCACCGUGAAGGGAGUGGACGUGAACGGUAACACCAUCACUGAAUUCUGCUCAUAUAAUCCCGACAUUCUUGGAUCAAGCUUGGCAAAGUGCAACCUUGUCAAUGAGAAGAAUCUCAAGAGCGUCAGCUUUGAAACCACCAGUCCCAUUACAGGAACCACUAUCACGAUCUUGACGGCCAUGGACAACCUCAAGGUCAACGUAAAGGCGUCAACUUGUUGA